AUGAACCACGCCACCCGACGCGCCGUAACGCAGCUCCUCAAGCGACAAACCCAGCGAAGCCGCAUCCCGUCGCGACGAUGCGCCUCGACUUUCCAGAAGAGACAGUGGUCGACACCACUCGCGCAAAACCUCGCCAACGCGAUCAAAGUGACCGGACCGAUCCCCAUCGCAGCAUUCAUGCGUCAAGUGCUCACCUCACCGGACGGAGGGUACUACACGACGCGCCCCGAAGGCGACGGUGAGGUCUUCGGCAAGCACGGUGACUUCGUCACGUCGCCUGAGAUCUCGCAGGUCUUCGGCGAACUGGUCGGUGUGUGGACGAUCACCGAGUGGAUUGCACAGGGGCGGAAACGCAGCGGAGUCCAGCUGAUUGAAGUUGGGCCUGGCAAGGGGACGCUGAUGGAUGAUAUACUACGGACUUUCCGGAACUUCAAAACGUUUACGUCGAGCAUCGAGGCGAUCUACCUCGUCGAAGCGAGUCCUACGCUCCGCGAGGUGCAGAAAAAGCUCCUCUGCGGCGAUGCCCCGAUGGAGGAGACGGAGAUUGGACAUCGCAGUACGAGCAAGUAUUUCGAUGUGCCGGUAGUCUGGGUAGAAGACAUCCGGUUAUUACCGCAGGAGGAGGACAAAACACCAUUCAUAUUCGCCCACGAAUUCUUCGACGCCCUUCCCAUCCACGCCUUCGAAUCCGUCCCCCCAUCACCAGAGAACCAGCCCCAAGAAUCCCAACAGAUCAUGACCCCCACAGGACCCCAAAAGCUCCACCGCCCCCUCAAAGCCGCCAACACCCCCCAGUGGCGCGAACUCAUGGUCACGCUGAACCCCAAAGCCGUCGAAGAGGACCUCCCCGGCGAGGCAGAGUUCCAACUAACGCGGGCCCCCGCAUCAACCCCCUCAUCGCUUGUCAUCCCCGAGAUCUCCGAGCGUUACAAAGCACUGAAGAACCAGCCCGGCUCGACCAUCGAAAUCAGCCCCGAGAGCCGAAUCUACGCGUCUGAUUUCGCCCGCCGCAUCGGAGGCGCCAGCAUCAACACCAAACAAGGUGCCGCUGCACAAAAACCACCGCCUCCCCCCGCGAAGCACACCCCCUCCGGCGCAGCCCUCAUCAUGGACUACGGCACAAUGUCCACCAUCCCCGUGAACUCACUGCGCGGAAUCCAGAACCACAAGAAUGUCGCGCCGCUGUCAUCCCCAGGCCAAGUGGACGUCAGCGCCGACGUCGACUUCUUCUCACUAGCGGAGGCGGCCAUUGACGCCAGCGAGGGCGUCGAAGUCCACGGCCCUGUCGAGCAGGGUACCUUCCUGCGGAGUAUGGGCAUCGCGGAGCGCAUGCAGCAGCUGCUUAAGGGUGUUGAGGACGAGGAGAAGCGCAAGACGCUGGAGAGUGGGUGGAAGCGGUUGGUUGAGCGUGACGGGGACGGUAUGGGUAAGCUCUAUAAGUUUUUGGCCAUUGUACCUGAGAAGGGCGGCAAACGGCGGCCGGUUGGGUUUGGGGGGAACGUUGUCAUGUAA